AUGGCCGCCAACCCUCUCCGGCGAGCCUCCUUCCCCGAACUCCCUUCACCGACCACCGUCAAACCCCCAACCACCCCCACCGCCCUUACCCCGUCAGAAUUCCACCACACCAUCGCCAAACUCGCCGUCGCACAAAUCCUCCGAUCAACCGGCUUCAAACACUCCAAAUCCUCCGCUCUCAACACCCUUGCUCGCAUCACCACCCUCUUCCUCCAAUCACUCGCUACUCACGCCGCCAACCACGCCGCCUUCUCCUGCAACCGUACUCAAUGCAACAUCUUCGACCUCAUUCACGCCAUUGAACACCUCUCUCUCUCCUUCGGCUUCCCUGGUGCUUCCGGUAUUAACCAACCCCUUCUUGGGUCUAAAACCCUUAAUCACCUCCGUUACUUUAUCGACGCCAUUGAUGAAAACCCCCCUUUUCGUCGUAGAAUCCCUCGCCGAGGAAUUAGCUCUGAUUCAUCAGUGUUUUUUUCUGGGAAUGUUGAUUUUUCAAAGGGGAAAUGUAGAGGUCCUGAGAUUCCGAGAUGGUUGCCGGAGUUUCCGGUGGUUGAAAGCGUUGAUGAUGGUGGGGUGAAUAGUGGGAAUAAGGAGGUUUUGUGGGAAGAUAGAAGGUUUGAGUUUCGUCCAUUAAUGGCGGCGAAGGUUGGGAAGAGUAAUAAGGAGUUUGUGUUGCAGGGUAGGAGAGAGAGAGUUAAAUUCAGGUUGGGAGGAAAGAGGAGGAAUGUGAAAGUAGGUGGUUUGGAUGAUUUGGAGUUGCGAAAUGGGGUUUGUAGAGGAGGUAAAAGGGUGUGUUUGAUCAAAAGGGUUGGUAAUAAUUGUAGGAUUUUCGAUGAUGAAGACGAUGAUGAUGAAAAGGGUUUCAAUAUUGGAUUGUGA